AUGAAAUUGAGCACUAUGGGGUUUUCCAGGUUGAUUCUUCUGACUCUUCCAGCUCUCCUUACCCUCUUCAACAUCUCACAUGCGGCAGAGAAAGUGCCCAUACUGAACAUUGCCGUGAUCCUGGGUCAAACACGCUACAUCUCUGAUAGAGAUAUACGGGCUCUGUGGAGCAAAGAUGAUCCCAUUGACGUCAACGUGGUGACCCUGCUGGUGAAUGAAACGGACCCCAAAAGCAUCAUUACCCAUGUGUGCGAUCUCAUGUCUGGGACUAAAAUCCACGGGGUGGUGUUUGGGGACGGCACGGACCAGGAAGCCAUCGCCCAGAUUUUGGAUUUUAUUUCCUCUCAGACGUUGAUACCCAUUCUGGGCAUCCAUGGCGGCUCGUCCAUGAUCAUGGCAGAUAAGGAUGUAAAAUCGACAUUCUUCCAGUUCGGGGCCUCCAUCCAACAGGAGGCGCUACUUAUGCUCAACAUCAUGGAAGAGUACGACUGGCAUGUCUUCUCCAUAGUGACCAGUAAGUUUCCAGGCUACCAGGAUUUCAUUGCCAUCCUGAAGACCACAGUUGACAACAGCUUUGUCGGUUGGGACCUCCAGCACACCAUCACCCUGGACGUCGUAGAUGGGGACUCCAGGACCCAGAUCCAGCUGAAGAGGGUGCAGUCUCCAGUCAUCCUCUUGUACUGCUCAAAGGACGAAGCGGCUUACAUCUUGGAAGAGGCCCGAUCACUGGGCCUGACCGGUUUCGGGUACAUCUGGAUCGUGCCCAGCUCGACCACGGGCAACCCAGACAUCACACCAGAUACAUUCCCCUCUGGAAUGAUCUCUGUAUCCUACGAUGACUGGGACUAUCCUCUUGAGGCACGGGUUCGAGAUGGGCUUGGGAUUAUAACCACGGCAGCUGCAGCUAUGUUGGAAGAGUUUGGGGACAUCCCAGAGGCCAAAACCAGCUGCUAUGGGCAACUGGAAAAAACCAAGUUGCCACCCAGCGUGUUACACAAGUACAUGAUGAACGUGACUUGGGACGGCAGAGAUUUGUCCUUCACCGAGGACGGUUACCAGGUGUAUCCCAAACUGGUUGUGAUCGUGCUGAACAAGGAAAGAGAGUGGGAAAAGAUGGGCAAAUGGGAGAACCAGAGUUUGACUUUGAAAUUUCCUGUGUGGCCUCGCUUCAACUCUUUUGGUGAUGCGGAGACAGACGACAAUCACCUGAACAUUGUAACUCUAGAGGAGAAGCCUUUUGUCAUUGUGGAGAAUGUGGAGCGCCGGACAGGCACCUGCAUGAGAAACUCUGUGCCCUGUCGCAAACACAUCAAAGACAACACCACUGAGGGAGGAGGAACGUACAUUAAAAAGUGCUGCAAAGGAUUCUGCAUCGACAUCCUCAAGAAAAUCGCUCGGAAUGUGAAGUUCACCUAUGACCUUUACCUAGUGACCAACGGGAAGCACGGGAAGAAGAUCAACAACGUGUGGAAUGGCAUGGUGGGAGAGGUGGUGACCAAAAAAGCAGUCAUGGCUGUGGGCUCCCUGACAAUCAAUGAGGAGCGUUCAGAGGCCAUCGAUUUCUCUGUCCCCUUCGUGGAAACAGGGAUUAGUGUGAUGGUAUCCCGUAGCAACGGAACCGUCUCUCCAUCAGCGUUUUUAGAGCCCUUCAGCGCGUCUGUGUGGGUGAUGAUGUUUGUGAUGCUGCUGCUGGUGACUGCGAUGGCUGUCUUCAUGUUUGAGUACAUCAGCCCCCUGGGCUUCAACAGGAACCUCGCUCAGGGCAAAGACCCCCACGGACCAUCCUUCACCAUGGGGAAAGCAGUGUGGCUGUUGUGGGGCCUGGUGUUUAACAACUCUGUGCCUGUGCAAAACCCCAAAGGCACCACCAGUAAAUUCAUCGUGUCCAUCUGGGCCUUCUUCGCUGUCAUCUUCCUGGCCAGUUACACUGCCAACCUCGCUGCCUUCAUGAUCCAGGAGGAAUUUGCGGACCAACUGACAGGUCUAAGCGACAAAAAGUUUCAGAGUCCCUACUCCUACUCCCCUCCUUUCCGCUUUGGAACGGUUCCAAAUGGCAGCACAGAGAGGAACAUCCGUAAGAAUUACCCCGACAUGCACCAGUACAUGGUGAAGUACCAUCAGUCCGGGGUGAACGAUGCACUGGUCAGCUUGAAGACUGGUAAACUGGAUGCCUUCAUAUAUGAUGCAGCUGUGCUGAACUACAUGGCUGGUAGGGAUGAGGGGUGUAAACUAGUGACCAUUGGUAGUGGCUACAUCUUUGCUACCACUGGCUACGGCAUCGCCCUGCAGAAAGGAUCAGCCUGGAAACGCUCAGUGGAUCUGGCCAUUCUGGCUAUUAUUGGAGAUGGUGAGAUGGAGGAGUUGGAGGCUCAAUGGCUGACUGGGAUCUGCCACAAUGAGAAGAACGAGGUAAUGAGCAGCCAGCUGGAUGUGGACAACAUGGCUGGAGUGUUCUACAUGCUGGCGACUGCCAUGGGUCUCAGCCUCAUUACCUUUGUCUGGGAGCACCUGUUCUACUGGAGACUCAGAUACUGCUUCACUGGCAUCUGCUCGGGCACACCUGGCCUGCUCUUCUCCAUCAGCAGGGGUAUAUGGAGUUGCAUUCACGGUGUUCACAUCGACAUGAAGAAAAAGUCAUCUGACCUGGACUUCAGUCCACAGUCCAACAUGCUUAAGCUUAUCAAGUCUGCCAAGCAGAUGACUAAUAUGACCAACCUCAGUGGCUCCAGGAUGAACUCUCCUAAACGUGGUGGUGAGUUCAUGCAUUCAGCAAGCCCCAUGAUCAUGGACAUGAUGGCAGAGAAAGGGAACUUCAUCUACACUGACAAUCGUAGCUAUGCCCAAAAGGACAUCUAUGGAGACUCCAGUGAAUUGCAGGCAUAUCUGGCAAACCGUCAUAAGGACCAUCUAAACAACUACAUCUUCCAAGGUCAGCAUCCCCUCACCCUCAAUGAAUCAAACCCUAAUACUGUAGAGGUGGCGGUGAGUGAAGACACAGCCCAGACCAAUGCAAAACCCCGAGCUCUGUGGAAGAAAUCUGUGGAUACUUUGCGUCAAACUCAGGGGUCUGAAACCCUAGAUCCCCGUUUGUCCAUGAAGAGUCAGAGGUACCUGCCAGAGGACACGGCACACUCCGAUAUCUCCGACUGCUCAAGCAGGGCAAACUCCUACAAGGAUCCAGACAAUAACAAGCACCUGAAGGCCAAGGAUAACUUAAAAAAAAGAUCGAUGACGUCAAAAUACCCUAGGGAUUGCAGUGAAGUAGAGCUGUCCUACUUAAACAAAAAGGAGGGCGGAGCAGGCAGAGAGAAAAUAUACACCAUAGAUUCUGACCGGGAGCUGAGUCUGCACUCAGAGUCACAACACUACAGAGAAGGCAGGGGCCUAACAACUGAUGAUUUGGAUUUUGGCGAAAUUUACUCAGACCACAAUGACAAUUACAGGAAAUGUGACCAGCCCAUCAUACAUCUCAAUAGCAGCCCCCUACAUCAAAGUGAAUCGGAUCUGCUGCCGGAAAGCAUUUAUAACAAACACUACAGCAUGAAGGAGAAGAAUCUCAGUCCUCACGAAACCAACGACCGGUUCAAACAGACUCAUUGCCGGAGCUGUCUUUCUAAGGUACCCAACUAUAGCACUGGGCCGUACACUGCCCUAAGAUCACCGUAUAACCGGUGCGAGGCAUGCCUCCACAUGGGCAACCUGUAUGACAUCAGUGAGGACCAAAUGCUGCAGGAGGCCAUGAUCAACCCUGGCAUGCACCACGAUGACAUGUUUAGCCACUACUGGCCUCAGACAGAUGGGCCACACGUACAGAGGAGGAACAGACUGAGGCUCAGCCGCCAGCACUCCUUUGACAAUAUCAUGCUUGAGAAGCCCAAAGAAAUUGACCUGAACCGGCCGGCGCGGAGCGUCAGCCUAAAGGAGAAGGACCGCUUCCUGGAGGAUAGCUCUUAUGCAAACAUGUUUAACAUCAAGGCUGACAAACUAUUCGGCAGCAGGUCCAUGUUCUUUAACCGAAACCUGGAGGAAAGCAAGCGUAGUAAGUCACUUUACCCUGAUUACCCCUCGGACAACCCCUUCAUGCAAUCUGUACGGGAUGACACUCGCUUGGUCCACGGCAGGAGCUCCUCUGACAUUUACAAACAGUUGGCUCCCAUCAAAGCUAGGAACGAGAACAAUCUGAGGUCCUCCGUGAAGUCCACCACUUCAUACUGUUCCAGGGACGGUCGAAUACCCAAUGACAUGUAUAUUUCAGAGCAUGUAAUGCCUUAUGUAGCCAACAAGACUAGUGCAUACUCAGCUCCCCGGGUUCUCAACUCUUCGCAGUUUAGCAAUAGACGAGUGUAUAAGAAAAUACCUAGUCUCGAGUCAGAUGUUUAAUGCUUUUUUGUGUAGUUGAACUAUUUACUCACUUAGAAUGCCACAGUCACCUACAUCUACUAAGUACCCGAGAUACCGCUCUUCUUAUACGAGCACUUUCCAGAGGUUACUUCUGGGCAGGUAUCUGCAGAAAGAGAGUUAGUCAAGUGUAAGCCAAUAAAAUGUGAUCCAGCAUGGAAGUUCCUGAUCCUAGGGCAAGCAAGGGUAUUUCAUCCAUGGCACUUGGCAAUUGCAUUUUUGCUUUUAUUACUAUAGACUUGGGAUUUUUGGCAUUCUAAUCCCUAUUUAGAAUUUAGUCUCUUCUAUAUCUUAUUUGGUAGCACAAUAAUCAUUAGUUAACUACCCACCUCUGCUUUAUAAACAGAACUUCUAUAUUACCCGCAGAAAUAGAUUUAUUUUGCAUGUGUGUUUCUUUUCUUGUCUUAUUUCAGUUGAAGAUACUUGCAUUAAGGUGAUUUUGUUCGACAGCUAAGGUGGACAUCUGUGCAAUGAAAACUUGAUCUGUAUGUGGGUUGUUCAACAGGGAAUAUUAUGUUGAUCUUCCAUUUCCAGAUUGUGGGGAGGUUUUUGCGACGGAAGUUUGUCUCACAUUUAUUUCAUUCAAAACUUCCAUCUGUCGCUGUACACUGUGAAACCGAAUCGAAACAUCACCUCUCGAAGACUUUUGUUUACUGUAGUUUGGCGGAGCCUCGCUUCGCGGUUGCAAUUCACUCAUUAAGAGGGCCACUUGUGAAGCUUGAAGUCUGAACUAGAGCAUUGGUUUUCUGUUGCAGUCUGUAACACGAUCAACACCAUAUUCACAUUGAGGACUACCGCGCAAGACCUUUGUUCUGCAGACCUAUUACUAAACUUUAUACUGUACAGACACACUCAAUGAACUCCAUGCAAUGUGAAUCAGAACACAUAGCCAAAUCGUGUAUUAGAUCAAAUACCUCAGGAUGGUUCUGUGUCAUUUUGUGUAACCUUUUCUCUACACCACCUAAAGGCACAUUCACAUUGCAUUUUGGCAUGCUUUCCUCCAAUCCGCUAUGGUUGUCCGAGGACUUUCAUUGAGUUUAGAGGGAAUCUUUCAGCCAUCUUUGAAAUGAGCUUUUAUGUUUACGACUCCAAUGUUUGUUGGAAAACAGGAUGUGUAUCAACAUGAACGUGUUGUAUGACUGCUCUAGCAGCUUCCGCUCUCAUUCCAGAAUUGCUUUCUUUGAACUUCCUCAAUGACGUGACAUAAUUCACUGUACACUUAUCUUGAAUAUGUCAUCAGUAUCAUAAUCAUGAACUUAUUCAUCAUAUGAAGUGCUGCUUUAAGAAGCUAAUGUGCGUAUGCACAUGUAAAAUAUCAAAGUCUUGUAAUCAUAUAUGCCAUACAUUGUUUUUACUCUUUGCAAGUUGUUUUUCAGUUAUUUUUUUCACCCUUGUAAUAACCCCGGUCUUUAAGGAAAAUGUAUUUUGAUUACAUGAACAUGAAUUAUAAUAAUGGCAUGCAACUCAAUUGUAACUCUUUCUAUGUUUUUGUUCUGAUGUUAUGAUCACACAUUAUUUGUAACAGGGUGCAAAUAUAGCAUAUAUAUGGAAAGAAAAUGAUCAUUUAUGUUGCAGAGCUGCUGUUUGGGGGAAAUAAGCAAGGUAUUAGCCUCUAGUAUUAAUCACAGAGCCACAUCUGCAUUGAUUUCGUAUCCUUUGUGGGACGAGGUGAAUAUCCUUGCUCUUCCUCGAUUGGCAGGUGAAAACAUCACCAGCUAUGCUUUCUGUGUCUUACCUGUCACAUAUAAGGCCAGACUUAACCUGUAAAGAGAGAGAGAGAAAAAAAAAGUCCUAUUCGGGCCUGCUAUCCCUCCAAAGAUAUGACGUCUUCUUGAUUUUCUCUAUUAUCUAUGGUUUGCUGUAAGAAUAGAGCUUUUUUAAUUCCUCAAAGACUUAACAACUAUUUUGAAUAUAUGACACUUGUAAAUUUGCUUGUAAAUUCACACUCUAAUAAUUCAUGAACGUUAUGAUGACACAGAGUAAACUAUUUUUUUGUGGGGGUUUCACAGGUCUGUACAGUAGCACUCAUUUUCUGUAAUGGCGUGUACGAAAAACGACUCACAAAGUCUGCAUCAAAAUGGCACCUUGCGAGAUUUCAGAGUCUCCAUGCAGUUUGUUAUCAGGGAUUGUAGCCCUGCAGUUUUUUAAGCUUGAACAUUUCAGGGCUGGGUGUUGGGACUGCAGGUAUUGCGGCAGAUAAGUAAAUACUGUCAAUCCACUUGAAGGUGAGCUUGGAUCAAGCAUGCCUACAGAUCGAUGUGAGGAGAACUGGCUUCUUUGGUUCAUAGAUAUGAGCCGUUGUGAGACUGCAGGGUACGAAUCCAUCUUGCUCAUGAACCAAAGCUCUGUGACCACUCUGGCAUAUCGUUUAGGCUGCCAAACUUCUGGGAUUUUUACACAGAAACAUAUUGAAAACCAAAAUGUAAUUUUUACUUCAACAUUCUGUAUUUGUCGAAGGUUAUCGGAGGCAGUUGGAUGGAGCAACACAGGUCAUGUAUUGAUUGCAACAGGAUACAGAUGAACUGGGUGGAAUUAUUUUAUGUAGCAGUUUUUGGCUAUGCAAAAGCCAUCUGUAGUUUAUUAAAAUAUAUAUAUUAUAUUUUUGGUUUUAUUUACCUCUCAUAGAAUAGUACACAGAUGUGUAGCUCAGAUGCUGAUUAUUUCCAUAAGACGAGCUAAACUAGGCAAAGCGCUGUAGUUCAGUUUCUAAAAUACAGUAAGCGAGGAUUUUUAAGUCCGAAAAAAAAUUGAGUACUUUCUCAGUUACACCUUAAACGCUAGUUAAGGGUUAAUCUGUUUUGUCCUUCACAUUUGUUACGCUCCACUUAUUUCAACAGAGAUGUGUGUUUUUCUACAUUUCUCCAUGGAUCGUGAAGAGAGGGACGUUUCGGAUCAGCGGCUAAAGGCGCCCAGUCCGUAUGCUGAAUAUUUACACUUUAAAAGUCUUUUCAGAUAACAGAGAUGCCUCCAUCACCACGAGUUAGUCUUUCAUAAAAACCCAUUAGCCUAAAAGAUACAUACAAAACCAAUUUUCUUUCCCUUUGAGGCGAGUUUUAUGACAGCAUAGGACAGAAUAUCAAAAAGUGAACUAUGGAAGUAGGGAUGUGAGACGUUACUUAACAUGACAAUGGAUCUCCUUCUAAGUCAAUUCUGCAUCCACAUGGAAGACCAUUUGAAUUCCAUUCUUUCCCGAAAUGAUAUUUUGCCAAGUGCAGUGUAGUAAGAACAAUAGGCCCUUUCGGCUGCCAGGCAAGCUGUUCUACUGUCACUGCAUCAUUGGCUGUGUUCCCAUCGAGGUAGUUUGAAGGAGAAAUCACCUCAGCUCAAAUUACAUCUGCCAGAGCCGCACAAGGCACAGUGAGAAGGGGCAGGUGGCUAAAGACAGGAGCGAGAGUCCUCAUGCAUGACUGUGUCGACUGCAGCUCACUCCCUUUCGUUCUCAGGCUGCUUUAUAACCCUCAGGAAGACGUUUGCAGGGGCAAAACUGGCAGCUUGGAAACAAUACGGAAACACUCUAUCAGUCGUGUGGCUCUUUUAGCAAUGCCAUUUUUAUCAUUGCAUUACUGAUGUGAGGAUUAUUCAGUCACCUUAAGUUUUUUUUUUUUUUUUUUUUUUUUAAUGCUGCUUUUGAUUUCUUUAAUGCAUUUCCAGUAACAUAAAUUGUGAUGCUUGAUUAUUUUAUUUUAAUAGUGAAUCAAAAUAAAGGACAGACAGUGAUUUAGUGGGUACCGACCUUAAAGGAGGCAGAAAGUAUCUUUUUUUUAUUCUUUGUUUGGUUGUUUGAGUUUGUUUGAGCACAGAGCUGAUGGAAUACUUGCACUUAUUAAAGGAUAAAGAACGCUGCCUUCCUUGUGAAAUGGACGAUUUUGAUCGUAGUGGACUCAGACGAAAAAAAAAAUAGAACCACUUGUGUUCUUGUGAGCUUUGCAUCCAUAUUUUAUGUGGUUAAAAGUAGAAAUUAUUUUAGAACAGCAUUUUAUACUGGGGCGGGCAGGGAUUGUCAUGUGACCUAUAUAACCUAUUUAUCACUGAAACCAUGUGACCUGCUGCCCAAAUGUUCUUUUAUAAUGAAGCAUUAUCACCUGUGUGCGUACUGAAAUGUCUUAAGAACUUUUUAAUGUAAGUUGGAAGUAAUUGCUUACAUAAAGCUGAAAACACAAAUUUGCAUUAAUGAAAUCAUUUCUGCUAUUGCAAAAUUGCAUGAGAAAGUACUAAUUCAGUGGGGUGUUUUAAACAUAUCCCUGUUCUCUCUAAAGUACAUUUAAUUUGGAACAUAACGUAUUGUGUUCAGAUUAUUAUUAUCAUUAUAUAUAUUUUUUUUUUUUCAUUCUCUGCUUUUUUAUGUGUACAUAGAUCAUAUUAAAAGAACAGGUCUGAUAUGUGACUUGAGAAAUAUCAAUACAAUGUGGUUGCAGGACAUGUGCUGGGUUAAAAGAUAUAUAAACAUGUAUAUAAGUCAAAGUUUCAUUUUUCUAAUAAAGGCUCUUUCUGCCACUUUAUAUGAUCACUGUAUCUGUUGCGGUAUGUUUCCGAAGCCUGUGCUCCAGGUGAAUGUUGCAGACACCUCGAAAGUUCAUGAAGCAGGGGGUUGGGAGCUGACUGACAGCUCUGGUAAUUCCGAGUGAUGAUUGGUACAUGCCGUAAUGGCUCUCAGGCCUCGAGUCUUCAGCCUGAGCAUGUGUGAAACGGGCCAGGACCCAGCAAUAUUACACGAGUCAAAAAAGCAGCUUUGCUAUCAGCAGAAAUGGGGCAUUUUGUGUGCACAAUGGAGAUACUCUGUCACAGACAGCUUUGAGAAAUAAAAGAGAGAUUUCUCUGUUUUGUGAUUUUUUUUUUCUUCGUUUUGCAUCCAUCUAUUGAGACAAUCCAUGUAUUAACAGUAUUGUUAUCAGUAUUAAGAAACAACUAAAUGGUAUUUUAUUUUUCACACAUAACUGAAAAGCCUAUUUUGAAUGGCCUCCUUUGGUCUUGAUAACAACUUUCAUUCUUGCUGACAUUGUUUUUAUGUACUUUUCCACAGUCUCUGUUGUUAUUGACUAUUAUUGGGCAUCUGAAUAAAAAAAUAAUAAUUAUAAA